AUGUUCGGAGUCAGGGUAUUCCUGCAAAAAAUCCUGAUUCUUCUGCACGUUACUACGUGCGUUGUCAUUGGCAAAACGCUGAUGAUACUGUUCCCUAAUGCCAUGAAAAGAUACAUUCUAAAACAGGGUGAAAAGAGCAGAAUGAAUGAGAAUCCAAAGUUCAGCUAUGAAAACUGGGGUCCGACUUUCUUCAGCUUCAAGUAUUUGCUCUUUGUGCUGAAGGUGAAGUGGAAGAGGCUGGAGGAUGAAGCCUAUGAGGGACACUCUGCUCCCAACACGCCGGUGGUGACUUUCCACGGGGAAGUUCGUCACCUCUUUGAUUUCAUGCAAGACAACCGACCUUUAAUCCUGAAUUUCGGAAGUUGCACCUGACCUUCAUUUAUGUUAAAAUUUGAUGAGUUCAACAAGCUCGUCAAAGAUUUCAACUCAAUAGCAGAUUUCCUUAUCGUCUACAUCGAAGAAGCUCAUGCAGUAGAUGGAUGGGCUUUUAAAAACAAUAUUGUUAUUAAAAAUCACCGAAGCCUUGAAGAACGAAAAAUUGCAGCACAGUUUCUUCAGAAAAAUAAUCCUUUAUGUCCAGUGGUUUUAGACACUAUGGAAAACCUGAGCAGUUCAAAAUAUGCUGCAUUGCCAGAACGACUGUAUCUACUUCAAGGAAGGAAAGUCAUCUACAAGGGAGGAGUGGGGCCUUGGAAUUACCACCCCCAGGAAAUACGUGCCAUCCUGGAAAAACUGAAAUAG